AUGCUUUAUCCGCCAUACUCGCACGAUAAAUUAACCAACCCUCAGGACACGCCGUACGUCACUGACAAUGAAUUCCGACAUUCGACCAGCCGGAGUUUCACCGAGGUGCGAGACCCCGCCACGAACAACCUCGUCACACGCGUUCCGCAAAUGACAACGGCUGAACUGGAGGGCUCGAUUGCUUCUGCUAGGGUGGCAUUCCCCGUCUGGCGGGGCAUGUCAGUAAUUGCCAGGCAGCAGAUCAUGUUCCGCUAUGUUGGUCUGAUAAAAGAGAAUCAGGAUAGAAUCGCUGCCAUCAUUACGCUGGAACAGGGCAAGACGCUUGCCGAUGCAAGAGGCGAUGUGUUGCGAGGCUUGCAGGUUGCUGAGGCUGCCUGCGCUGGACCUGAGUACAUGAAAGGAGAAGUUUUGGAGGUUGCCAAAGACAUGGAAACGAGGACCUACAGAGAACCCCUCGGUGUUGUUGCCGCUAUUUGUCCGUUCAACUUCCCAGCCAUGGUGCCCUUGUGGUGCAUUCCCAUCGCUACUAUCACAGGAAACACGCUUGUGCUCAAACCGUCAGAGCGUGUUCCGGGGGCGGCGAUGAUUCUCGCUGAGCUAGCUGAGAAGGCGGGAUUCCCACCAGGCGUGAUCAACAUGGUCCAUGGCACCCAUGACACGGUCAACUUCCUCCUCGACGCACCCGAGAUCAAGGCAAUCAGCUUUGUGGGUAGUAACAAAGCAGGCGAGUAUAUCUUUGAGAGAGGGUCUGCGAAUGGGAAACGAGUGCAGGCAAACCUGGGUGCCAAAAACCAUGCUGUUAUCAUGCCCGACGCUGAUAAGGAUCAGGCCCUGGCCUCUAUCGUGAGCGCGGCCUUUGGUGCUGCCGGUCAGCGUUGCAUGGCUUUAUCUGUUGUUUUGUUUAUCGGCGAAACGAGAGACUGGCUUCCUGAGCUUGCGGAGCGGGCGAGAGCGCUUCGCGUGGACGCUGGCUUCGAAGAUGGUGUGGAUCUUGGCCCGGUUGUUACUCCAGAGAGCAAGACGCGGAUUGAGAAUCUGAUAUCCACCGCUGAAGGUGCGGGUGCGACGAUUGUUCUCGAUGGCCGGGGCUAUAAACCAGCAAAAUAUCCCAACGGUAACUGGGUUGGACCGACGAUUAUUAGCGGCGUGCAGCCUGAUAUGCAGUGCUACAAGGAGGAAAUCUUUGGGCCGGUCCUCGUGUGUUUAAAUGUGGAUUCUCUCGAUGCCGGGAUUGAUCUGAUUAACAAGAAUGAUUAUGGAAAUGGCACGGCGGUUUUCACCUCCUCAGGAGCGGUGGCUGAGCGGUUCCGAAAGAAUAUAGAAGCUGGCCAGGUUGGAGUGAAUGUGCCUAUUCCCGUGCCACUGCCGAUGUUCUCAUUUACUGGCAAUAAAAAGAGCGUUGCUGGUGGAGGCGCCAGCACGUUUUAUGGGAAGCCAGGUGUGAAUUUCUAUACUCAGUUGAAGACAGUUACAUCAAAGUGGGCGAGCAGGGACAUGUCGCUCGAAAAGGUCGAGCUGUCAAUGCCAGCUCAGCUUUGA